GGUUCUUUUGGUAUGUACUAUACGUAAUGGAUAGUAUUAUACCUACAAAUAAAAUUAAUUUUAUUGUAGAUAAAACUUAAGUAACACCAUUGCUAGUAAUAACAACACGACAACGAUGACAGUUUCAAUUAUAUGAUUUAGCCAACAUGAUACAUGGCUUGCUAUAUAAUAUUUUGGUCAGUGAAUAAUAGUAGUAAACCAACGUUAGUUCUCAGUCGUUUGUCGCCAAUGUAACCACACCAUCUUUAAACAUGAAAAACGUUUUAAUAUUGUUCACUCUUGUGCAUUCUACAUUAUCGAAUUUUACAUUUAAUGAUGACUUUCCUAACUGCACCGUAACAUCAAACCUUAUUAAAACAGCUGUGAACAUUUCAAGUACAUACUACAAUCGUCACUUCACUACAACAGUCAUUUGGAAACAAAAUUCAUCAAAUUGUGUCAAUGGAUUCUUAAUGAGUUACCCUGGCUCUGUGGUCCUCAGUCCUUGGGCCACUUACAACGAUAGCAGAGUCCGUGACAUCAAUGAAACAGUUGGAUUCAAACAAACAAUCUAUUUCGCAAAUGAUUUGAAUGAAUACGAAAUUAUAAUGAAGCUCAUCAAUGAAGUUAUAAGAUUCCCCAUUCGUUUUAUUCUUGUCUUGGAAAAUAUUGUGACGUCAAAUCAAGAGCUGUAUGAUUAUAUAGAAGUGACGUCAAAGAACGAUCAGGCAGACUUAAUUGUAGUCAGUGAAAUGGAUACUGGUGAAGUAAAAUUAUCGACGUUUUUUCCCUAUAGUGAAGGUCUAUGCGGUAAUUACACGCCAGUGUUUAUGAAGUACGGUCAAGACAUGUUUCCUAAGAAAUUCAGCAAUUUCUAUCAAUGUCCUAUAAGAACGGCCCUCUUAGAAUACUUUCCUUACGUUACUGUACAAGCAGAAGAUGGCAGGAUCAGAUCCGUUGGUGGCUAUGAUGGAAAAAUACUUAUGAUUAUAUUAACUAAAUUGAAUGCUUCAUUAGAAGUUACAUCUGCUUAUAAUAAUAGCAUUUUUGGAACGUACGUCAAUGGGACAGCAACUGGUUCUAUUGGAGACUUGGCUACUGAAAAAGCUGAUAUACUUAUUCCAGCUGACAUUCUUACUGAGAAAAGAUAUACCGUGACUCUACCAUCUCAUACUUACCACACAGUGGACAUUCGUUGGGUGGGCCGUAGGCAACGUGAAGUAUAUGAUUGGCUAAAAUUUAUUGUUCCUGACCAAACCAACUUUACUUACCUACACGGUCUGGUAUACAUUUCAUUUCUUAUUUCUGCUAGUCUAGUGAUAAAAUGUAAACCACAUUUGACCAGAGCAACUAAUCGCAUAUUGUACCAAUCGUUUAUAAUAAUAUUGGGUCAGUCAGUGAAAUUCGUCACAAAGUCUUUCCUUCUCAAUACCCUUUUCGUUCUUUGGAUUUGGUUCUGCUUCUUCUUCAGAAUCGACUAUCAAGCAGAUCUUGUGAAUGCCUUACAGACUCCAGAUUUAGAACCACCAUUUGAAUCUAUAGAAGAUGCAGUCACAAAAGUGGAUGGUUACGGCGGAGUGGAAGUAGUGGUGGAAUAUUACAAGGACACUCCAUUGGAACACAAUUAUAAAGUGAUACCAAUGAAUGAACUGAGAAAGUAUAUUCGUCGUAUCUUUGAAGGAGAGAAUUUCCUUCUAGCUACGGAUAUUGCUUUGGUUAAUCUUCUAGCACCUUACGUUCAAAUACUUGAGAAACGUAUCAGUGCUACUGGUGCUAGUUUCUACAUGCGCCCUGGGUGGCCAGCAGCCAAGGACGUGGAUGAUGUAAUAUUCAGCCUCGUCGAAGCUGGAGUUAUAGACAAAAUUUUGAGCGAUGGAAAUAACCACAAAUGGAUUUUGGAUAGGACAGACAUUCAUGAUGAAAUGAUUCCUAUUGGUAUAGCGUUUUCGAAGAUAAACACCUUGUUCUACGGUUUGAUUUUGAUGUGGGUGGUUUGUGCUAUAAUAUUGAUUAUAGAAAUCAAACAUUAUGAAAAGAAAAUGAAGAAAGCACAAAGGGAAUGAAAUCGUAACGGUUUGUUUUGACAACUACAACUCCUGCUCCUAUAUAAAUAGAAGCAGUUGAUGCAAGUAUUUAGAAUAAGAUAACAUAUCUAUCACAAAUAAUCACUCGGAGAAGUGUAACUGACUAUUGCGAGUGUAAAUAAAUAAUUAAUACACAUCUAUACAGAUACACCUGUGUGAUUUUGUAAUGCACCUUCAACUUUACUUACUUUCGACUUUAAUGAAACUUAUCCUACUGUUAU